UUCUUCACAUACUUGAUAUCUAUCACCAUCGUGAAUAAAAUGUGCGGACAUUCAGAUAUUCGUCGAUUGAACAUUUGUUAUUUUAUUACUUUAUUAUUCUGUUAUACUGCAUUGGUAAAGAAUGGAGCUGCCAAGUCAGAAACGAUUAUCUACCGGGAUACAUGGCUUGGAGAUACGACUUUUGAUGAUUCACAGUCUAAUAAACUUGUUCGGCCUGUAAAAUAUGUUGUGAUCGAUGAUUUAACAGCAAGCGGAUUCGAUUCGUGUUACCGCAAAUCACAGUGUGUUGCAUUAAUUCAAAAAAUUUAUACUAAACAUAAAUUGAUAUGGGAUGAUAUUGGGUACAAUUUUCUGAUUGGUGGAGAUGGCACUGUUUACGAAGGAAGAGGAUGGUUCAAACAAGGAUUUGCUAUUGACCACUUCAAUCAUCUAUGUCUUUCAGUUGCUUACCUCGGUAACUUUACAGAUACUAAGUCGGUUAAAUCUAAAUUAUUGGAUACCAUUCAAUUUCUUGGGGAUAAAGGUAGAGAACAUCACAUUUUGAAAGAUGAUUUCAAGAUUUUGACUCGUCCACAAAUAAUAAAAAAAUCGGUAAAGGGAAAUAAAAGACUUAUUAAUACAAUGAUUACCGAUUCAAAAUUUUACACUUUUAUAUCAAACUCGACUUAUUGGACAAAUAUUACAGUCGAAACGAGUAUUGUGGAAAAAAUAAAAGGCGAUGAAAGUAGAAAAGAAGCGACUUGA